GUUGGGCUAUUACCACUUUCAUCAUCCCGUUUUAUGUUUUCUGGCAAAGUGAUGUUAAAAUGCCACCGUCGCAUCAAUACGUUCUUCGUUUCGGCCGCCCUAACCGUGCGUCUUCAGGAUUUUAAGGUGUAGCAAACGCCUGUCUGUACCCAAAUCAUCAAUGUCGAAUAUCACCAGUUCAGUUUCGCAAAAUGUGCCCAAGAGCCGCCAGAAACGCAUGGGUCCCGCCCCUAUCGCCUCCUUCGAGGAUCUCUCAGAUGAGGUGAGAUCCAAUCUGGAAAGCCCAGACGACAAAAAUUCCGCAGGUUCAGUUGUCAGACUGCCUGGUAUACGAGAAGACGCCACGCCAAUCACACCUUUACACCAGAAAGAAAAUGAAAAUCCAAUAUUAAUCCUUCCAGGAAUUAGUUUGAUCGGAACCUCUCACGCUGUAUCGAGUAACAAAUCGGAAAAACAGAAUCAAGAGGGUAAUAAGCAAAACAAUACGAUGAAUCUUCAAACACCAUUGCCGCCAAGAAUUGACGUUUCUCGCGCAAGUAGUUCAUCACACCAUGACGAUAGUCGCGACAGCACCCCCGAAAGAGAAUUAUUCGAAGGAACCGAUCAAAAAGGAACUAAAUUAGGAAUUGCUUUCAAAGAAGAAGGUACACUUGACCUCCGAUCAUCGACCGAAGAACUUGAUUAUCAAGAUUCGUCUGAAAAAGCUCGUAUCCAGUACAGACCUCAUUCGCCACUUGCUCCAAAUGAUUCUUUGCAAGGGCAUCAACGCAAAGACUCGCAAAGCUCAGAAAUUGGAUUAUUGUCGAUCUCUGGAAGAACAUCUAGACUGUCGAGUGUUGGAAGUCAAUGUUCAGCUCAAAGUCGAAUUUCCAACACAAGUCACCUUUCUGUUAUUUCUGGUGCUUCAGGACGAUCAUGCUCGCCACAUAAAAUGCUUUUAGAAACGUCCUUUUGUGGAAAUAAGCAACCGGAAGUUCCACAUAGUAAUAAAGAAGAAAAAAAAGACUCCGACGAAUUGGAAAGAAUAUUGUUAUCUCGGAAACACGAUCCACGAGAAGCAAUUCUAGCAGAAGGAAUAAUUAUAGAAAAAAAGCGAGAAUCUUCUCCUAAAAAGCAGAAAGAACAAAAGAAGGUUAAACCUGACAUAAAAAUUGACAAACCUGAAAUACACGAAAGCAAUAACGAUUCAACCACACCUAAAAUUCCUAAACGAAUAGUUUCAGCUAGUGGAGUGGAAUACAUUUAUAUUCCACUAAAAGGUCCGCUUCCUGAUGAAGAUAGUAAGGAAGGUGGUGCCAAUACUAAAUUACGUGAAAUAAAUUCAGCAACAACUUCUAGGACAAACGUACAAGUAAAAAAUAAUGAUAUUAGAAAAGCAAAAUCCGCUUCUGCCUCACCAGCUAUUCAAAGAUCUACCACUUGUAGUAGUUCCAGAACAAAUAAAGAAGAACCUAAGUACAUAAGGAUUAAGUUAAAACCUGAUUAUAUGUACGACGACGACGGAACAGAAAGAGUUUCAAAAAGUCAGUUAGAAACAGAAAUCAAAAAGCCAGUUUAUUUGGACAUUCACGAAAUGAACACGAAGCCUAAUGCAAUAUUAUCUGCUCCUAUACAAAAGGAUGUUAAAGUGGAACUUACUAAUUGCACAAUUAAAGCCGAAGCUCCUGCGAAAAGUCUUCUGAACUCGACACCUUUAUCGAGUCCUGGUAUUGUGAGGCAUACAAACCUAGGUAGUAAGUCCCCUUCUCCUUCAUUAUCUCGAAAAAGUUCAUUUUCGUUACUUUUCAAGAAUAAAGAAAGCGCUAUUAGUCCAGAUUCACCGACUGGGGUAAAUUUCAAACGAAAAAAUUGUAAAUCCGGAAUCUUCAAAGAUCCUUCAGAGUCAACCAAAGAACGUAGACGUAGUAGAUCAAAGAGUAGAGAACGAGACAAAACCGGUAGUACUUCAACCGCACCAUCCUCCACAGAAAGUAUCGAUACAAAAUCCAAACAAAAGUCUGUAAUCUCCUUGUUCAAACCCAAAAAAUCUACGUCCAAAACCAAAUCUGGUACAAAUUCUCCGGAAGUAACGUCAAAAUCGGAGUGUGUAGCUUACUCCAAACCGUACUAUGAAAUGCCACUACAAGGAGAAAGUAUCCGAAUUCCCUUGCAUUCUCCAACAGAUUCAGAUCAAAAGACUGUGGUAAAUGAAGCGUUCGAAUCGAGCGAAUCUUGUAGCGUAGAAUCGAAAACAGAACAAACCCGAAACGGCUCAUCAGAAAAAAUUACUCCUAUGGAGCAAGGAAAGCCUAUAAGUAAGAUAGAUAAAAGACAGAGCAGUACAAGUAGUGAUAAUGUAGUGUUUUCGACUAAAUUGGGGAGCAAUGAGGAAAUAUUCUCUACGAAAUUACCAAAAGAUAAGAGUACAUCCAGUAGCAGUAAGAGUAAACAAACGCCGUUGGAUAAGUCUAAGUCUAGUAUUAGUGACAAUACCAUUACUUCAUCUAAUAUAAGUAAAGAUAGCGUUAAAACUGUUAUCGAAAAAUCACCUCAACCCCAAGAAACUAUCGAAAUAGAUCCGUUUAAAAAAAGCGUAUCCUUAAAUGGUGAUAUAUGUAGUAAUGAAGAAAUCAGGUUUUCGUUAGAUGAAGUUCAGACUGUUGUAGUGAAGGAGUCCGUAAAAGAUCCUGCCGUAGCUAGCAUAAGUAAAUUGAAGGAAGAAAAACGAACUGUAACUGAAAUAAUCAGUUUACCUUCGCAAAGUAGUUCAGCGUCGUCGACAAAAAAUGACAACGAACAAACGAAUAAUGUAAGUACCGUCAAAACUGUCAAAACUAUCAUAACCAACAAUCGUGUUUCUAUGAUUUCUGGUGACGAAGAAAUUUAUUCCUCCGAAUCGGAAAAGGAUUCCGAAGUAGACUACAUGAAAUCUAAAAUGGAAAGUGGUGAAAAAUCUGAAACCUUAGAGUCUGAACGACGAGGUUUAGUUUUUCAGCAGGAUUCCUAUGAAGAAGAACUACCGUAUACGCCUACAACCUUGCCUCUUGAACGUUCUGUUGCUCUUCCGAUAGUGCCAAUCAAACAAAGAGGUAAUAUCGAGGUUAAAACCUGCUCGAUCGAUAGACCCAGAUCCACCACACCCAUAAACUUGUCCUGCUUAGAAACUUUCCGAGAAGAGGCGUUCAAUUCGUCUCACGGACUAUCAAUUCAAGAUAUUGAGAAAAUUAGAAUCUCUUUGCCGAAAGAACUCAGCAUCGGUACGAAACCAAAAUCGCCUCGGAAACCAAUUGCUCCACAGACUAUUUCGGAAUUCUCACAACAAAUUCAGUCAUCCCCAAAAAACGAACCACCCUCAUCCACUGGAGCAAUUCCUAAAGAAACGUUUAAAGAGUGGAUUAACUUUGAAGAUAUUCCCGAGAGAAGAAAACCACCAAGAAGAAUUCAAACCAUACCAUCAAAAAAUAUGGAAAUACCGGACUUUUCCGUUCAUGAAAAUGUCGUUUACACAUACGUUAAUCCGGAAGACUGUAAAUGCGAAUGCCACGAAACCACUAGAGAAAGGGACAAAAAACCUAAAAAAGAAGAAGAUGCAGAGAAAGUUCAAGAAGAUGAAGUUCCCCUUUUGGAAGAAGAACUUGUCGACGAAGAAAAAAGUCUUCCAGAAAUACAUGAUAAAUUAAAACAGGAAAUUGCCAUCGCCGACAGAAGAAGUGUUAUAAGCGAUUCUUCUGUCGAUAUCAGUACAAGUUUAGAACCUCACGAUGGAAACUGCAUGGAUCAGUCUUUACGGACUCCUUUCACUAGUGAUUUGGGAAUUUCAAGUAACAGAUCCAGCGUUAUAUCACAGGAAGAAGCUGAUACUGCCGAUAAUCCAUCAAACGAUACAUCUCGGAAACGUCCAAAAUCCUAACUUACUGGAACCUCUGUAGAGACUUGACGUGAUCCAGCAAUGGAAUUCCCUUUAUUCUGCCUGACCAAUAAAAAAGUGCAUCUUCACAUUAAUUCUCCUGUUUGCCUCUCACAACGCAUCGUGUCUAUUCACAAAAUAUUGUGGAAUUGUUAAAGAUACCUUGUUACCUGUUACCAGUAUUUUUUUAUUUAGAUUUAUUAGAUUUGUAAAUGUAUCUGUCGAUUGUAUGCAACAUACUAAUAACGUAAGAAGACACAGUCUUUCGUAACAUUUAUUAUUAUCUACCUAAUCCAUGUAACAUCAUUUUCAUAGUUUUUACAUUUUUAUAUAUACUACUAUUCCAUAACACUUUCGGCCAGCGUAUACUGUGUAAUCGCUCGCCUUAACUGGUAUUUUUUUCCUAUAAUGUAAAUGUAAACUCCUACCGCAAUAACAUUUUACAUACGUGUAAAUUGUGAUCCUAUUUAUUAACAUUAUUAUUACUUUCUUUUUAAUAUAAAAAAGAAUGUUGACUAGUUAUCAAAUUUAAGAAUUUAUUGUA